AAUGUCUUAUAGAAAAUUAUUUAGCUGUGAAAUUUUUCAUUCGAAUUACGAAAAAAAAGACACAAUUUAACCAGCAGAAAUGUUCAAGAUACAUACAGCAUUUAUAUUGUUAGCAAUAUUAAUUCUAGGAUGUGAUUCAAAUCUAACAACAGUAACCUAUCCGGGAAUCGGUACAUUUUCGUUGACUGAUUUUUAUCAUCCAAUUUAUCGACCUAUCGUUCUGCUUCCGAAUAGCCCAGAGGAUAUGAAUGCAACGUUUUGUCUUUACACACCUAAUAAUGUCGAUGAUUUCGAUGAAUUAGAUUGGAACAAUACAGAUCAUUAUGAAUCAACAAGAUUUGAUGCUAAUCUAGAUACGAAAAUCAUCAUACAUGGUUGGCGUGGUGAUAGCCAAGAAGCUUGGUUAUCUAAACUUAAAGAUACCCUAUUAAAAGCCAAAGACUUGAAUGUUAUUAUUGUUGGAUGGCCUGGAGGAGCAAAAACUCCAUACACUCAAGCCGUGUCUAAUACACGAGUAAUUGGCAUCAUGAUGGGCAUACUAAUCGAAAAUUUGAUGAAAGAAUUCAAUGUCUCUUUAAAUUCAUUCCAUUUAAUAGGCCAUUCACUAGGUGGUCAUAUAGUUGGUUAUGCUGGCAAACAUCUAAAUGGCAGUAUAGCUCGUAUUACAGGAUUAGAUCCUGCUGGACCAUUUUAUAAAGGUCUCAAUGAAACUGAAGCACGUUUAUGGCAUACUGAUGCCAAGUUUGUCGAAGUAAUUCAUACGGACGCACAACCGAUAAUUCAAUUAGGUUUAGGAAUGUUUGAAACAUGUGGUCAUGUUGACAUCUAUCCAAAUGGUGGACAAGAACAGCCCGGAUGUGAAGAACAAGCUGAAGAUGAAGUGCCAAUCGAAGGAGGAAUUUAUGAGAAAUACAAAUUUUCUUCAUGUAAUCAUGGCCGUUCACAUGACUUGUUUAUAGACUCAGUUUCGCCAACGAUUUCAAAGCCAGUUUCGUAUCUAUGUGAAUCAUAUGAUUCAUUUCAAAAUGGUGAAUGCAAAUCUAGAUGUGAUGGAUCCGAAUGUGUUAUAAUUAAUCCAUUGGUCCAUAGUUAUCCAGUGAAUCAAUCAUAUACACAAGGAAAACGAUUUUUUAUGGCUACAGCAGCAGAGGAAAAUUAUUUUCGAUAUCAAUAUCGAAUUGAUUUGAAAAUGAUCAAAAAUGAUAUCAGUAUUAAGCCAUUGCUAACACAAGUUGAACUAAGAUUCAUUAACCAAGAUGGCGUUGAUGAGCAAUUUUUUUUCAGUAAAAAAUCCGAAGUAUUUGAAGAUGAAACUGAAUAUCCUCGAUUAUUUGUAUUGAAUACAGAUCCCGAACAAUUAUCUAAAAUUGAAAUAAAAUGGACACUAGGUUUAAAUAUCAUUCCAACAAAAAUGAAUAUAGAAUAUAUCAAAGUUACAGCACUUUCAUUCCAAAGCAAUUCAACUAAUGUAGAGCCAAUAACAAUGAUGUUUAUUCCUAAUAUCGAUGGUGGUAUACCAAAUGAUGAAUGGAUUUCAUGUGAACGUAAUCAAAUUAAUCAAUAAAUCUUAUCAUGUUUUUUAUUUUGAUUAUUAAAAAAAACAAAUAAAUUUA